AAAAAACAAUAAUACGAAAGAGAGCACGUGCUGGAUGAGAACGAAAGAAAACAGUGUUUACAACGCUCACUCGUUCGCGUUGAACUCUCUCGCAAGUUCUCAAGCCUGUGUUAAACGACAGCGAGCGCCCAGAAACGUACGAGACUCGCCGUGACUCGCUCCUACUCCUGUUAUUAUCAUUAUUAUAAUCUCUUGUUAUUAUAAUGCGCUGUAUAUCUGUGUUUAUAACGUUCCUUUCGCCUCUGAAAAGAGAACCUGUUAGUCGUCGGCGCGCGCGAUAUCGGACAGCAUUUAGUGCCGCGGCAUAGCGAAAUAGCCACGAUCGUAACCACACCCACCUCUCCCUUCACGAUUCGCUCGUCUAUCGUCGAACGAUAAUCAAAAUUAACGUGAUACUUGUGCUCGGAGUUUUGAAAAAUCACCCGGAGACGGACAGUAAAAAGAGAUAAACGGGAUAUAAAUUAUUCAGAAGAUUGUUAAAACGGGACGAGCGAACAAGGAGCAGAGAAAAAGGAAUUGGGAAGGGAGAAUCGGAGAAAGGUGGAGAGAAAAAAAGAGAAAAAUUGGGACUCCGUUGGAGAAUGGAAACGAAGGAGAAACAAAAAGAAGGCGAGGAGCGGAGGGGCAGGGGGGAGAGGAGAAGGGAGCGAGAGAAAGAAGGAUGAGUUUGAAAUUGAGCUGCGGCUUGACAGCUCUGCUCACCCUGUGCGAGCUCACACUCUCCUCCAUGGUCUUGCCCAGACCACCGUCCUCACCUAACGAUUUACCUCGGGAAACGAUCCAUCCUAAUCAUGGGAAAUUUCAUAAUGAAAAGGCCAUCUACAGCUUCGUGCAACUCAACACCAACGUCGAAAAACCAAACACCGAUGGUUACAGGCUGCUGGAGAUCGAGCUGGGUGGUACGGGGGAGGUUGACGAGUCGAAUUGGCAAGGUCUGGUACGAGCGAUGUUGAGCUCCGAAGACAGAGGAGGAGGGCAAGACGAAGAGGAGGAUGAGCCUCGAUCAAAGAACUCGGAAGUGAUAAACCGAAUGGAGACGAAGCCUGAGCCGGAAGUGAUACCAAAUUCGAUAUUGGGGGUCCGUGAGAUCGCGCUGUCGGGAAACUAUCGAAUAAAUGAAAAUUCGAACGAGAUGGAAGAGAAGAGAACGCUGUUGAAGCCGCCGGGGAUAACCGACCGAGACGAAAAGUUGUAUUACUUGAAAAACAGAAGCCCCAAAGUGGACGUCGAAGUGCGAGGAAACAGCGGAAGCUACGGGGGCGAUAAAGUCAUCAGAAAAGUCUCGAGUCAAGUCUCGAUAACUCCUGGCGAAUUUGGGCCGGUAAAGCCGAAAAAUUAUUUCGAAAAAACAAAAAAUCGUCGACCGAAAAAAUAUUAUGGACCAACGAGCCGGGGAACUCUCAACGGAACUAAAAUUCUCGAUAGCUCAUCGGCCGGACGGAUUUACGGCACGAUCGACUACGAGCCGAGACCAGAUCGCGCGAACGAUGAAUCAACCACCGAAAAUAUGGCCGUCACGUCGAGCGAACUUCCAAAACAGAUCCCAACCCCACCGAGUCGUUUCCUCAAUCGUUUUCGCGUCACCCAAACAACGACUCCGAUUCAAAAGUACUCCUUGAGAAGGACCGACAUCCUGCCCGGCUACACGUACCCCGAGGCUUGAAACAGAAUGUUGGAAAAAUAUUUCAUGAAGUAUCAUAUGUAAAGUUGUACAUAAAAUUUCGAGAUGCACGUGUCCUUUAAGUUACAACAAAUUGCGCAGUGCUAGCGGAACGAUGAAAGGACCAUUUUUGGCCAAAUUUUCCUACGAAAGAAAUGAUAAAUUUUUCUCAUUUUUUUUUUUUCAAAUAUUUAUUCUUUUUGCACCUAAUUACUUUUAGAUCUGAUCAGAAAUGAAGGAAAAUUCGUCGUUCACGUCUCAUCGCAGGAAAGAUAGUAAAAUUGAAUAAAUGUAAAAUUCUUUGCAUUCUUAGAAUUAGCGAUGAUGCCAAAAAAGGUUUUUACUCUCCAAGGUUUUAUUGUGAUCCUCAAAAACUUCGACGAAUCGUGUAUUUCUCAAAAUAAGAGGUAAAUCAUUGUUUAUUCACGUUAAUAGAAAUUAGGGAAACUCGUCUGCUGGUUCAUUCGUUCGUCGACGAAGAGAGAACAUUUGAGAAUAUUCUUCUUUUGUCGAAUUUUUCAUUCACCUUUUUUGUAGUAUUUAUAUCGCGAGUAAUGUAUAAAAAUGAAAACACUCGAGCGUAUGAUGUAAGAUAAGAUAUAAAACAAAGUUUUAUUCGUCGUUAAAUUGUAAUUUUGUAAAAUAAAAAUAUUUAAGGAAA